AUGCUGGAUCUCAGAGCUGCAUUGUCAAAUGGCACACUCAUCCAUCCUCCAGGUUUUCACGUGAUGGGCCUGGCCAACAUGGCCCAUUCUAACGUCUUCCUUAUCUUCCUGGGCGUGAUUUACGCCCUCACCAUCAUGUUCAACUCUUUCCUGCUGUCUCUCAUCUGGCUAGAUCGCCGGCUGCACACCCCCAAGUUCCUGGCCGUGGCCAACCUGGCGGUGGUGGACACCAUCAUCAACUCCUGCAUCAUCCCAAGCAUGCUGAGGACUUUCCUGUUCAGGUUUUCGUUUGUGCCGUUUGACCAGUGCCUCGUCCAGAUGUGUGUGUACUACUUCUGCAGCUCGCUGGAGUCCUUCUCGCUGGGCGUGCUGGCGUACGACAGGCUCAUCGCCAUCUGCUUCCCUCUGAGGCAGCACGCCGUCAACACAAACACCAACAUGCUGUGCAUUCUGGGUAGUCUCUGGGUCCUAUUGGGGCUAACCAUGGUGUACGCGUGUGCGAUCAUGACGAGGCUGUCCUUCUGCGACUCCGUCGACGUGUACAGUUUCUUCUGCGACUACACCCCGGUCGCCAAGCUGUCGUGCAACGGCUUCUCUCUGCAGUGGGCCACCGCCGUCAGCCUGUCCAUCAUCAUCAUGUUCGUGCCCCUGGCCUUCAUCAUCGGCUCCUACGCCAGCAUUCUGGUCACCGUGUUCAGGCUCAAGAACGCGGGGAGCCGGUUCAAAGCUCUGGCCACCUGCACGGAGCAUUUCAUCCUGGUCGCCAUUUUCUUCAUUCCCAAACUGACUCUGUAUUUCCUGGGUUUCCUCUUCUACCGGCUGGACAUGGACAUGAGGCUGGUGACGCUGUCCAUGUCGACCUGCAUGCCCCCCUGCUUGAACCCCAUAGUGUACUCCCUGAAGACCAAGGAGAUCCGCACCAAGGCCUUCAUGCUGCUGCGCAAGACCAAAGUGGCACAUGAGGGGAAAGCAGUCAUUUCAUAA